GAAGCCCAAAUUUUCUAAAUUAAAGCGCCUACAAAUUCCCAGACAAAAAUCAAACAUGCCAACUGACAGCUCUUCUUCUAAUGGCACCACCGUCUGUGUCACCGGUGCCGGUGGCUUCAUCGCUUCUUGGAUUGUCAAGCUUCUUCUUCAAAAAGGUUACACCGUCAAAGGCACUGUAAGGAAUCCAGAUGAUCACAAGAAUUCUCAUUUGAGAGAGCUUGAAGGUGCAAAUGAGAGGCUAUCUCUUCACAAAGCUGAUCUUCUUGAUUACCAGUCUCUUAAGGAAACCAUUAAUGGUUGUGAUGGAGUUUUCCAUACUGCUUCACCUGUGACUGAUGAUCCUGAACAAAUGGUGGAGCCGGCCGUGAUCGGCACAAAGAAUGUGAUAAUGGCAGCGGCGGAGGCCAAAGUUCGACGUGUGGUGUUCACGUCGUCAAUUGGAGCAGUGCACAUGGACCCCAACAGGGGCCCUGAUGUAGUUGUGGAUGAGUCUUGCUGGAGUGAUCUCGAGUUCUGCAAAAAUACUAAGAAUUGGUAUUGUUAUGGGAAGGCAGUGGCGGAAAAGGCAGCCUGGGAAACAGCCAAGGAAAAAGGGGUGGACAUUGUGGUGGUAAUCCCAGUUUUGGUGCUGGGUCCAUUGCUGCAAUCAACUGUGAAUGCCAGCACCGUUCACAUCCUCAAGUACUUAACCGGCUCCGCAAAGACCUAUGUCAAUUCGGUCCAAGCCUAUGUUCACGUCAGAGAUGUUGCGUUAGCACACAUUCUUGUCUUUGAGAAUGCCUCUGCCUCCGGCCGAUACCUGUGCGCCGAGAGCGUCCUCCACCGUGGAGAGGUGGUGGAGACUCUAGCCAAGUUCUUCCCCGAGUAUCCCAUCCCUACCAAAUGCUCAGAUGAGAGUAAUCCGAGGAAAAAGCCGUACAAAUUCUCGAACCAGAAGCUGAGGGAGUCGGGACUGGAGUUCACCUCGGUGAAGCAAUGCUUAUACGAAACGGUGAAGAGCUUGCAAGAGAAAGGACACGUGACAAUACCACCUCAAUCCCAGGAAGAUUCAGUGCUUCGUAUCCAAUCUUGAAAGUCCCCCCACCCUCUUUUUUA